CAGCCCUGAGCGGGUCCGCGCUCGGCACUGCUGGGCCCGAGGGGGCAGGAGCCCUCGGGAAAAGGCGUCUCCUGCGGGCUCCAGGCAGCGCUGCGGAUUCCCUAAGGGAAGGAGCCGGCGUCCCGGGCUGCAUCCGAGCCGAGAGAACCGCGGCCAGGGCAGAGCCAGAGUCUCCGCAGCCGCACACAACUGCAGGGCAGCGGGCGCACGGCAGGCUGGCGGCGCUGUGGAAUUUUUCUAGGUACUGUUGCUACAGCAGGAAUGAUAGCAGGUUUUGGCACUACACUUGCAAUGACAAAAAAGAAGAACCCAGACUGGUUCAGUAAGGGGAUUACUGCCACAGCUGCACUACCAGAGAGUGGUUCAUCACUGGCCUUACGAGCCCUAGGGUGGGGCUCACUCUACGCAUGGUGCGGAGUUGGUUUGCUGAGUUUUGCCAUCUGGAAGGCUCUGGGCGUGCACAGUAUGAAAGAAUUCCAAAGUAAGAUGCAGUCAAUCUUUCCAGCAAUUCCUAAAAAUAGUGAGUCCAGUGUUGAAUGGGAAAACUUACUUAAAUCCAAGUGAAAGACUCAAGAGUCAUUUGGAGAUGUCUCUUCCAGCAAGAACAGGAGUGGAAGUAGCAGAAGCGUCCCCUCUGGAAAAACAAAGAAGACUCAGACUGAGCAAGUUACUGACUGAGUGCAUUGAACCUGGGAAUGCCAGUUAACAUCCAUGAGGAAGGGAUUUCAAACCAAACCAAACCAAUUUAUACUGUACUUUUCAGCAUGUUUGUUAUAGUCGAUUCAUGAGAAAAUGAAUCCUGCAAGAUAAGUUGGAUGCAUCUGGAAAGAAGACUUAGAGAAUAAACUAAUAUUGAUUAGUAAAUACAUUAAUAUAAUCCCAGUAAACUCCUGUCCCAUCCUGCAUUUCAAGAAGAAUUUGAUGAAAUUUCUCUAGGAAACAAGAAGAAUACUUUUAGUGACUUGUCCUAUUAGGAAUAUAAGCAUCAAGUCAAUCAUAACAGAUCUCUUGCUGAGCCUGAUGGUAAAGCUUAUAGUACACUCUUCAAAACUAAAGGACAUAUUUGAAUUUACAACAGAGAAAGUAUCUAAAUCAUUUUUAUAUGUCUGAAGAGUAAGUUUAAAACCCAAUAUGCAAGUCGUGACCUAUGAGCUCCUCUGCAGAGCAUCAGAAGAGAUCUCCACAAAGUUCACUGUUUUCUCAGUAUUAACUUUUUAAAAUUGGAUCCCACAAUAAUGAAUCUGAUUGUGUGUAUAAAAGUCUCUACUAUAUUUGUAUAUCAAUUGAAAUAGUAAGUGAAAAAGGUAUAGAACAGUGAGACACCCAGUCAGUCCUACGCAAACGUUUCCAGCUAAGAAACUGUAUUGGCAGGACUAAUUUUGUGUGUCCCAGUCAUUUCUGUGGCCCUUCCACCAGGAGAAGCAAUGUGACAUUUUCCACACUGCAGUAAUCUCAUGAAGUGUGGGUGUAAACUACAAAGAGUAAUGUCUUACUCAAAUGUUGUAUUUGCAGAACUGAAGAUAUGAAAAACUGCAGAAAUAAAAAAAAAAGUGCUAUCAGUGAACUGUCCUUUGUUGCUCCGUUAUGAGAUUUUCUUAUUAAUUGCACAAAGUCCAGUUAAUCAGUUGUCAGAUUUAAUAAAGUCCUUUUAAAACUUG